GGUACCUGAAUCAUACAGUAUUAAUCAAAAUCGAGUCCAAUAUACUCCUACAAAUGGGUUGACCCCGCCCCAAUAUUCACUCUAAUUUCUCCGAUAAAAUCUCCUAUAAUCUGAAUCCAGAGAAACAGCACUCGCUAUAGAAGAAAUUUGGGGUAGAACUUGGCAAGUUUAUGUCACCACUAUUCAUUACACACACACCUAUACAUAUAUCAAAUCGAAGCUGUUAUGAAUUAUUGUAUGUUUUCAAGUUGAUCAAUGAUCAUAAUUGAUAGCAACUGAUUUGUUUAGGUUUUCUUGAAUUGCUUUGAAAUUUGAGGACGCUGAGAAAAAUGGGGUCCUGCUUUUCAAGUCAGAGCACUAGUGAAGAAUCACUUGCGAUGCCUCCUGAUAUAGAGAGUAUUGUCUAUAAGAAAACUAGUCCAGGAUCUCCAAAUUCAGUUGUAGAUGGUAGGAAUCAAGGAAAUAUGCAGCAGCAGCAGCAGCAGCUUCAUCGGAUUCGAGACCGGAUGUUUCUGAACGGCUCUACUCAAUGUGCUUCACUCUUUAGUCGCCAAGGCAACAAAGGAACUAAUCAAGAUGCCAUGAUUGUUUGGGAGAACUUUGGUUUGAAAUCGGACGCGGUCUUUUGUGGUAUUUUUGACGGCCAUGGACCUAGUGGUCACUUGGUUGCUAAGAGUGUAAGAGAUUCUCUGCCCGUAAAAAUAAGUACACAGUGGGAAGUUGAUACAAAGAAAAAUAAUGAUCUCAGAGGGAUCAACCUUAAUACCUCAGACUUUGUCCAGACCCUGAAGGACUCCUUUAUGAAGUCUUAUGAAGCCAUGGAUAGGGAGCUUAAGAUGUACACAAACAUUGAUUGCUUCUGUAGUGGAACAACAGCAGUCACCCUUGUUAAGCAGGGACAAAAUCUUGUAAUUGGGAAUGUUGGUGACUCAAGAGCUAUAAUGGGGACAAGAGCCGAAGAUAAUUCUAUCACUGCAAUACAGCUGACAGUGGAUCUGAAGCCAAAUCUUCAAGAGGAAGCAAAAAGGAUUCAGGGGUGUAAAGGUCGAGUUUUUGCUCGUCCAGAUGAACCGGAGGUGCUCAGAGUUUGGCUACCUAACAAUGAUUUCCCUGGCCUUGCAAUGUCUCGUGCAUUGGGGGAUUUCUGCCUUAAGACUUUUGGUCUAAUAUCUGUGCCCGAAAUGUUUUAUCGGCGCUUGACAAGGAAAGACGAGUUUGUAGUCCUGGCUACAGAUGGGGUUUGGGAUGUGCUUUCUAACGAUGAAGUUGUAGAUAUUGUAGCUUCAGUUCCACUGCACAGUCAAGCUGCUCAGGCACUUGUUGAGUCAGCUGUUCAUGCCUGGAAGGACAAGUAUCCUACUUCAAAAGUUGAUGAUUGUGCAGUGGUCUGCCUCUUUUUCAACUCAAACAAUUUAUAUUCUGCCUCUGCUACCUUAUCACCAGAGAAGAUGAUGCAAAAGUGUGUAGCUAGUGGCACUAAAAAGGAUCCCGUUGGUACCAUCUAAAGUUAACUAUCUGGUACUGUUGCAAGUGUUGAAGAUACAUUUCGAGUGGAAUACAUGUAAGAUGCCCUGCAUGAAAACAGUGAAGAUGAGUAUCAUAUGCGACUCAAGGCAGAGUACUCAUGGAAGGGGUUCCUUGUUAGAACAUACUCCAAAUUUGCGCAAUUGAAAUACAGAUAAAAAGGUCUUUAGAGGGGUUAAAACUCGUAUGAACACCAAAAAGAUUUUUCUUUGGUUAGCAACUCUUCAUUUUUUUCCUUUGGUCUCAUCUAUCUCUUUCUUCAUCGUUUUUGAUUCUGGGUAUAACAUAUUCAAUCAUGGAGAAUAUAACCAUUAGAUGGGUUGUAGGGUCACUAAUGUUUGUUCUGGACAUGAGAGGUGGAACUGGCUAUAUAUUAGAGUGUCCUCCGGUGUAUGUAGAGUUGAUGUUUUGUACAGUUAGAUUCUCAGUAUAAAUUGUUUUGAGUUUUUUCAGUGUGAUAAUGUUGAUAUUCAGUAUACAUUACUCUCC